GGAUUACUCAACCCUAUUAAAGCACACGCAAUGAUCCAGUCUUAAAGUGCAAUACCGAACACGCUGACGCGAAUCGAUGAUGCUCGCGACUGCGAUACUUUCCACUCUGGUGGUCUCGUUGAUGUUAGGAUCAACGAAGCACGCACAGAGAACGUAUCCCGUAUCGGAGGUGCGAGAAACUCUCCGAUAUUGGAGGAGUAUGUACAAGGCGUACGCCGAGGACGUGAACUUCGGCAUCUGCCUCGCGGAAUAUUUGAUGAAGAUGUACAACGAAACGCUGAUGAAUGAACUUGAACGGUUGUCGAAGGAUCCGAACGAGAGAUCGACGAAAGAGCUGCAAAUGUUGCCGCAAUACCCACAUCCGCCCAGUGUGCCGAUGGCGCCGAUGGCGCCAAUGCUCGAAGACGAAGGAGAAGGAAAAUAUCCACAAGAGGAACGGCCGCGUAUAGACGAGCGGUGGCCUCCAGUGCAACAGGACAACCGAAUUCACAAAAUUGAAAGGAUAAUCGAUUCUUACGUACAGAGAAGACGGCGAGCGAUCUCGAGCGCGCCGGAACUUUUGCACGAGACUCCACGAGUUGGUCACGAGUUUCCGUCUCGCGGGACCGGUUCGCACGCCGUUAAUCCGACGUCUAAUCCUGGGGACGAUGACAAAGUCGAUUCCGGAUCGACAGACCUCGGGGAGGAGGAGGAGGAUUCGCCGACGAACCUUCGGCGAAGGAGCAGCCUUGGUGACAUUUUAGUCAAGUACGCUUACUCGCUGUUGCGGGAAUUACUAGACUCGUUAUUCGAGCUCUGGCUCGAGCGGGAAGAUCACGGAGUUGAGGGAGAUCCCGCAGAACGCCAGGCUCCUUUGAACGACGAAAGUCCAUCGGCGCCGCCGUCGCGUCCGCAGGACCAGCGAGCGAACGCGGGACAUCCCUAUCGUGUGAGUGUCGUAAAGCUGGGUUCCGAGGAAAAUUCAUCGUACGAUCCGACGAUAAAUUCGAAGACGCAACGUCGGAAGUCCGAGAAAUUGUCCCGCGAUCAGCUCAUAUCGCCUCGUAUAGUAGAUGCCACCGUCGAGCUUCUCGGAAAUGCCAUCCGAAGGCUUUUCGAAUUUCGAAGUGAAGCAGAGACUCGCGCGAAGAGGGACGCGCACUUGCAAUUCGAAAGGGGAAACGAUACGAUGGGGCAACGCCAUCGGCAGCCGAGGGAAGAGAGUUCAAGAGACAGAAGGGACGUCUCCGCGGCAAUGUUACAUCCGUUGAAGCCCGAGAGAUCGCACGAGAAAAUUUAUUAUAAAAAUCGUAAACACAUCCCGGCAAUGAUACAAAGAUUGUACCAUAUGUUUCAUAAAAAUCGUGAACAUUUCCGGAGGCAGAAACGUUCCGUUCGAGCCGCGAGGAGCGCGCUUGUCAGAACUGGACGGAGUGGACGAUCGUGGUUCAGAACUCAAGUGGUGACUACUUUUUUCAGCAUAAUUAAAACGUUCUUUCAGCUAGGCCGGCAAAGCGUAGAUGAAAUAAGAGAAACCGGGUACCUUACCUGUACGAAGGAAUACUUUUGGGCCAAAUUUAUCAAAUGGAUAGACUACUAA